AUGUACGUGGGCUAUGUGCUCGACAAGGAGUCCCCGGUGUACCCCGGCCCCGCCAGGCCCGCCAGCCUUGGUUUGGGCCCACAAACCUACGGGCCACCAGGCCCGCCCCCUACGCCCUCUCAGUACCCGGACUUCACCGGCUACUCUCACGUGGAGCCGGCCCCCACCCCCUCGACGGCUUGGGGAGCACCCUUCACUGCACCCAAGGACGACUGGGUGUCCACCUAUGGCUCUGGCCCCACGGUGCCUGCUGCCAAUUCAGCCCCACUUGCAUUUGGGCCUCCUCCGGACUUUAGCCCAGUGCCUGUGCCCCCUGGGCCGGGCGCCGGCCUCCUGGCACAGCACCUGGGUAGCCCGGGUGGCCCAUCAUCGCCUGGAGCACAGAGGCGGACACCCUAUGAAUGGAUGCGGCGCAGCGUGGCGGCGGGAGGCGGCGGAGGCAGUGGUAAGACCCGGACCAAGGACAAGUACCGCGUGGUCUACACCGACCACCAGCGCCUGGAGCUGGAGAAGGAGUUCCAUUAUAGCCGUUACAUCACCAUCCGACGCAAGUCCGAGCUGGCUGCCACCCUGGGACUCACUGAGCGGCAGGUAAAGAUCUGGUUCCAGAACCGGCGCGCAAAGGAACGCAAAGUGAACAAGAAGAAGCAGCAGCAACAGCCACCACCACCCCUUGAUGGCACCCCCAGCCCUGCUGGGCCACCCCUGGGGGGCCUGUGCCCCAGCAGCGCUAGCCUCCUGGGCACUCCCUCCCCAAUGCCUGUCAAGGAGGAGUUUCUGCCAUAG